AGUGAUGUCAGGUUUUGAGAGUUUGGAGGAAAAUUGAUAAUAAAGUUUGAAAAUUACUCAUGGAAGAAUAAAAAUGUCAAAAUGUCUAAAUAUUUAUUUAUUGACAACGCUGCUUUUUCAAUUGGAUCUAUGUGCCAUAUUAUUCUAUUGGAUUGAAUGUAGCUACACGGGAGAUAACUUGCAAAUUUUGAAAAAAAAAUGACAUCACUGGUUUUCCCUUGAACCCUUCGUUUAUUAAAUUAGUAGCAUUUGUUCUAGUAUAAAGCUGUCCAUAACUGCUGGGUAAUGUCUGUUGUCGUGAUGUGAUAACAACAUGGACACGGCAGUUAGUGAUUCUGUUCCCUGACCGGGUGGGAUGUAUUUGUUAGCCCACCAUACUUAAAAGCAGGACUUACGGUGGUGGACGAACAAGUCAGUUUUAUCUUUAACUUUAAUGUUUUUUGGCAUAUAGAAAUUUAAAAAAUAUAUCGAUAUUUUUAAAUAUCAGGAGCAUAAUCUGUCUUAAGUCUUAAGUUGUAUAAAUUGUACACUUUUAUCUGCCCGUAAAUAAUAAUUAUUAAGACAAUUAUUUAUUGUAGAAGCACUACACCAGAGCCACUAGGAUAUUGUAGUUUAGGCCUACACUAAUUUUUCCCUUCAGUACACUCAGCAAUAUAAUAAUAUAUUUAUAAUUUUUGUCAGUCAUGUCAAUGAAUGUCAGGAAGAAAAAGAAGUGGGGCCCAAUGUCGCAAAAGAAAUGAGGAAGCCGAAAUAGCGUAAAAGCAGUCUAGUACUUGACAAGCUAGCUUUUUAUAGAAAGCCCGCAAGAUGAAAGGUGAAGAUGCAAACUCCAGUCCAAUGCUUCCGAUCAGUCUUUCUUUCAGACAUCCACCCCCGCCCCCCCCCGGGGGAUUUCAGAUUGGGGGGGUGGGCGGCAAUGAGAAGUGUCCAGAGGCGUAGCUAAGGGUAUGCAAAUAAAUACGUCCCCGGGCGCAGACUAACGGAGGAGACAAAUUAGGCUUUGAUGGUAUUUAAUGUUUGAUAAUAAUUUUGUUCAGAGGUAUGUGUGCGGGAGGGGGCUUAAAAACGAAUCUUGUCCAGUCACACCAACCACUUUAGCUACGGCCCAGAAAGGGGUGUAGAAAAGGGUGCGGAUGGUGUGGUCCACACAGGUGUCACUUUAUCUUUAUAUGGAGCUGCGGCAUCUUCGGACAACUUUAAAGUUGGUAUCGAGAAAGAGAGAGCAGCAAAAAUCUUUGGCCGCCCAUGGUGGCACCAAUUAUAACUAGGCAGAGUAGGCCCUAUCUGUCGGCACCAAAACUGGCGAGAAUUUUCAUCCGGAAGUAUGGCAGAAAUCGAGGGCGCCGAUGAAUGAAAAUGUUUAGUUAUUUCAAAAUCAAAAGGUGUAUUUUGGAGUUAACUUGAAUUCAAUGUUUCUAUUAGACUUUUUUUUAUCUGUAAAGGGCCGGGGGUGGGGAAUUGGGGCACUUCAGUGCCAUAUGUUACAUACCGCUAUAAUGUGUAGAGAAUUUACACGAAUGGUGGCGCUUCUUGUCUGGGGCCAUUUUGACUAAAUGCUAUUGGGAUGUCAUUUGUGGUAGUUUAUUUUAGUUAAAAUGAAGAAGUAAUUUUACAAACAUAUCUUUCAUUUGAUACCUCAUUUUGUCUUACAAACCCAACAAUAAUAUUUUUAAAAGUUUUUUAAUACCAACCUCUCACUUCUGGUACCCAGGUGCGAAUAGUCACUUCUAUUAAAAUAUGUUUAAAAUGUUUCUGCGCCAGCAAAGCACCCCAAAUUCACCAAAUUAUAAAUAAUUUAAUUCACGAGCCACCAAAUUAUAUAUUGAUGAGAUUGUAUCUUGACCCUGUAUAGUACUCUUUGUAUUUCAGUACUUGUUAUUAUUUUUUUUUUCAAAUGAACAGAAGUAAACAAAGUAGAUAUAAUAUAUAAUAUAUUUUUUCUUUUACAGAAGAAAAUGUUAGCAUUUGAAUGUGUGCUUUCUUUGGGAACAACCCUCUUGAUAAUUGGAGGAUUUAUUGGGAUAACAUUUCUAAUACUUCUGGCACUUUCAGAUGCAAAUUUACGUCUCAUUUUUAAAACACAUUUUGGAAAGAGAACAGGUGGCUUCAUUUCUCAAUCUCAUAUUUAACUUUAGUUCACUCAUAAUUAUAAUAUAAUUUUAUAAUUGAGAAAUAAUUUUUUAUUUAAGAAAAUAGUUUUUAAAACUGUAACUAAAUCAGAGGUUAAUUAUAAAUUAUAUGCUUUAGGCCCUAUACAUUUUUUUUUUUAAAUGAGGCUUCCUUGAGAUAGUUGCAUGAAAUGAAAAUGAUUAGUCACUGAGUCACUGAUUAGUGAAAUUUUCAUUAACUUUAACACAACUCGAAAAUUAAAUCACUCAGCUCAGGUUACUGGUCUAAUCUUAAUAAUUUCAAAAUAACCAAUUCUAUGACAUAAUGUUAAACAUCUAAAACUUAUAAUAUCUGAUGACCUACAACUAAAUUAAAAUUCGUGACCAAAUUAACACUAAAAGUAAAUUAAAUUUAAAAAUUGUUUUGAACUUCAAAUAAUCAUUUUGAAGUGUGUUCUUUUUGUCUUUAUCAAAGAGUAACCUUCUAAUUAAAGUUGGAAAAGGGAAGAAAAAUGGGGGGGGGGGGGGGGGGGAAUGUGCAUAGGACUUAACAUAGUGAUUAAAAUAAUAUAUGAUUACCCGGUAUGUAUUGUAUAGUCUAGUGGAUUUAGAUAAUUUGAACACAAUUCAAGUCAGAGGUAUUAUGGUUCAUUUCAAUUGAGGAGAAAGUCUCCCUUCCCUAAUUCACUUGAACAAAGUAUAAAAUACACCAUUUCUUUAUUAUUUAACUCAUAAUAAAUCAGAGACAUAGCAAGAGUGUUUGGAGCCUGGGGGAAAGAUUAAUUUGUAUGCCCCCCCCCCCUUCCCCCAACUCUGAAAUCCAAUUUUUACCAUCAAUAAAAUACCACUAGUCUGGUGCCCUGCGACAUCUGUUCCCCCGCCCCAGGUAAGCAUCAAAAUAUCGGCCCCUACUUUAAAAAAUAAUUACUUUUAAAUAUAGGAUUUCUUUGCCAUUAACUUGAAGAAGUUAUAAAAAAAAUGCCCCGAGGAAUUUAUAUUAUUUAUAAAUUAAAAUUUGUAAUCUUUUUAUUGUCUUCUGAUCAAAUAUAUUUUUUUAAAAAUUAUAUUGUAGACACAAAACACAUUUUUGACAUCCUGGACACUCCAAUUAAGACUAUUUAGAGCGGUGAUCCUCAACCUUCCUCGUGCCACGACCCUUUAAUAGCGUUUCUCGUGUCGUGGCGACCCCCAGCGACACAAUUAUUUUCAUUGCUUCUUCAUAGCUGUACGGAUACGUGUUUUCAGAUGGUCUUAGGCGACCCUUGGAAAAGGGUCGCGCGACCCCAAAAGAGAUCGCGAGCCACAGGUUAAGAACCGCUGAUUUAGAGUAUCAACAUUUGUGGUCCCUACUAAUGUUUAUUAAUAUUAUUUUUUUUUAAAUUUAAUAUUUAGCUUUACAAUCACAUUUAAAAUGAUGAGAUCUUGUAUGGAAAUUCUUUGAAACUUUAGACAUAUUGCUCUUCUAAAAUACAUUAUUUUGAAUGUCCCUACUAAUGUUUAUUAAUAUUAUUUUUUUUUUAAAUUUAAUAUUUAGCUUUACAAUCACAUUUAAAAUGAUGAGAUCUUGUAUGGAAAUUCUUUGAAACUUUAGACAUAUUGCUCUUCUAAAAUACAUUAUUUUGAAUGUUUGUUCAAAUCAUUUAAGGGAGCAAUUCAUUACUGAUUUAAAAUUGUCAUAGUAUUCCAAUUAUUAGGCCAAUUUGUGUCAAACUUGUGUUUUUGGGGAUGGGGAUCCAAAAUCUGUAGAGUUUACUCUUUGUGUUCGGACUGAAAAUGCAUUUAAUGUCAAACUUGUUGCAUUAUGACUAUAUUUGAAAAAUUAUUUCAGCAAGUUUGGCCGGUAAAGUUGUUUGGAUUACAGGAGCUUCAAGUGGCAUAGGUGAAUGCAUUGCUUACCAUUUGUCAGAAGCUGGGUGCAAGCUGGUUCUGUCUGCAAGAAGACAAGAUGAACUGGAAAGGGUGAAAAAGGCAUGUUUGAAGUCAGGUUAGUUUCAAGACAGUAAUGAUUAGAAAACCAGAUUAAUUGUUGUUUUUUUAGAUAGUUAGAUCCUUGUAAAAAUAGAACAAACUUUUGCAGUGUGUUUGAGUGAGUGUGUGUAUGUGUCUGCAGAGUUGAUAAGGAGGAUGACAAGUUAUGAUAUAUUAAAAAAUAAAAUUGUGUCUAAAUUACAUUUGUAAUUAAUGUAUCAUUAAUUAAAGGAAAAUGUAAAACAUCUGAAGAAGACAUCCUGGUUUUACCAUUGGAUACUGUGAAUUAUGAGAGCCACAAAAAUGCAGUGCAGCAAGUCCUUGAAUACUUCAAUCAGGUGCAAAGAGCUACACAGUUACUGUUACAAAAUAUUUAAUUAUAAUGUAUUAGAACAGUGGCUCUCAAACUUUUUUGGGCCACCAUCUGCUUGGCGCCAUAACUCACGCUCGCCUUUUGAUAUCCAAUGAACUUUCAGUUGUUAGCCCCAUUAUGUUGGCGAUAAAUGACACAAUGAAUCGCAAAGAUAUGAGUACUUUUCAAAAAAAUAAACAUUAAAAUAAUUGUACCAACUGGUCAAUGAUGGUGACCUUUUCUAAUUAACUGCUUCAGUUGUAAAUACAAGUCAAACUUACUUUUAGAAAGUUGUACCAUGCACUUUCAAUGUUUUACUUAAUGACUUUUUUUGACUACAAGAUCAAGAUCAAUAAAAUUUCACAAAAACAAAGAUAUAUACAAAAUUUAAAUAAACUAAUGCUAGUUAAAUUUCCCCUGAUAACUCAAAGAUGACCAUGUUUAGCAAUGCUUGACCUUCUUUGAAUUUUGAGACAUUUUUUUAAAUUUAUGAAUAAUUGACAGUGUAAUUAGUGCUGGUCAGUUCUUUAUUUAUCCAUUUAAUAAAUUUUUUUGUUCUCAAUAAAAAAUAUUCUGCAGAUUGAUAUUUUAAUAAACAAUGCUGGGAAAGGCCAGAGAGCUGCUUGGAUGGAUGUCGAGCUACCUGUUGACCGCGAACUGUUUGAGGUAAACGUCUUGGGGCCAGUGUCACUGACACAAGCAGUACUCCCACAUAUGAUACAACGUAGGCAGGGACACAUAGCACUUAUGAGCAGUGUUGCUGGAAUCGUGGGUAAGUUAAACCUAUGGUACACCAGAAUAUGGCUACCACUGAACACUUUCCCUCUUGUCUGGGGAUUGGGGGGGGGGGGCAUGACAUUUGACUUUGGUAAUGUUUUAUUACUUAGAGGUUAAAUGUUUUGUUUUUUUUAAAAUAAGGUUAAAUUUAUAGAAUCUUUGUUCCAAGCAGCAGUUGAGCAUCUCUGAACCAGCACUUUCAGAAUAUGCUAGGAAAAGAUUGCUUUAUUAUUUUAUUACUUUUUAAUACGGUAUUCAGAUUUUCAUUGUGUCUUCUUUUUGCACAAUUUUUGAUCCACUUCCCCCCCACCCACCGCCUUGUUAAUAACUGUCAAGCUUUCAAUGUCCCCCUAAGUAAUUAUGUCAACAUUUUUAUAACCCCCUCUACCCCUCCAAGAAAAUGAAAUUACAAUAUAAAUAAAGAUAUAUAAAUACAUUUUACUUUGUGCUGAUCUAUUGUUAAUCAACAAGUUAAAAAGUUUUUACACUUAAAUUUUAUAAUGCAGAAUCAAUUGAAAGGUUGUUAAAGACUAAAUAUCAUUGUUUGUGGAAGUAUAAAUAUGAUUAUUGUCAGUAAAGCUGACAAUUGUAGAAUAGUUUCUAUCUGCUAUCAUCUUCCCAUUGAGUAGUCAGGUGUUGCUCUAUCGUAACGAUGGGCAUAGCAGCUGAUUUAUCAUUUUCAUCUUGCAGAAGUGAUAUACCAGACAAGUCAACAUCAUCCUCAUCUAACCAUUCAGCACUUAAAAUAGAAGCAUUGUCGGUGUGAGCAAUAAUUGCCAUCAGCUCUCUCUGUCUCCUGGCAGCUACUCCCAUUGGUCGAAUCUUUAUUUUGUUGAGGAGCAGGUGGUAAUUUCUUGAGCUCAAGAGGGCAUUGACGUUGCUGUUGAGCAUACUUUUUCAACAUGACUUGUGAUGCAAAAUAAAUCUUACAGAUUUUGCAAAUCCAUUCAAGCAGCAAUGUUAUUAUACUCAAUUUACUUUCCCCUUAUUCUCAAAAUAUCAUAUUCCUACUCUAUCAAUAUCAUUUAUCUUGACUGCACAUGACUCUUGAACCUUGUUUCAUAGAUGAUCGCAAAUAUACUGCCCUAGUCAUUUGCGACAAACAUUAUCUAGGCCAACUUUUUGACUUCUCUUGCACUCACAAAGUGUGCUAACAUUCUGACCAGCCAUCUGCAGUGCACAGACACACACAUGUUAAACAAAUUUUAUAUGGUAUUGUUAAAAGCCUAAAAAUUAUAUGACUAUUUACACUCAUUAAAUUUUUUAAAAUAAUGUAAUAACCUGUCAAUUUUUAAGAUUAAAAUUUUAAUAGAGAAAACAUGAUUGUUGACGUCAACUAAUCUAAACACACACCCACCUCCCCCCUCUUAUCAACAGUUGUCAUAUAUAUUCAAACACCACCCCCCACCCCUACACUAUUUUUUUUACAUAUUAAUGGACGCCCCCUUAUGAUAAACUUUACUGUUAUGUAAAUUCUUAAUUAUGACGCAUACAAUUAAAAUUCUUUUGUUACGAGCUGAAAUGAACUGAGCUGAAAACUCUUUCAAAAUAUGUAAUUAUAAUAAAACUAGUGAAAAGAAUUUUAAAAAUGAGUAAAUUAAGGAAUUGGACAUAUUUUCAUAUUUUACAGUUAGUUAAUAGGCCAUCUUUUUUUACGCAAUUUAUUAAAACCUGUAUUUCUUUCUAAAAAAUUUACAGGCGCACCAAUCUCAAGAUCAUACACUGGAAGUAAACAUGCCUUACACGUGAGUUUCCAUCUUUCCAUUAAGGUUAAUGUCGCUAAGACAUUGUGUAUGUUCAUUAGGAAAGCAUAGAAACUGAUUUUUUUUAAAAUUAUUUGUCCUUUUCAACUUCAGGGAUACUUUGACAGCCUCCGCAUUGAGCUUAGUGAACACAAUAUUGAUGUAACAUUGAUUUGUCCUGGGCCGGUUUCUUCCAAUUUUUUCAUACAAGCCGCCACUAGCAAACAAGGAGAGGUAAGUGAUAAGGAUCACUGAUUGGGGUCCCAUAUUGAUCCCCUUAACUUCUCUUCCAGCUCUGUUGCCUAGGGGUUGACAACAUUAACCACUCUUCCAGCUCUGUUGCCUAGGGGUUGACAACAUUAACCACUCUUCCAGCUCUGUUGCCUAGGGGUUGACAACAUUAACCACUCUUCCAGCUCUGUUGCCUAGGGGUUGACAACAUUAACCACUCUUCCAGCUCUGUUGCCUAGGGGUUGACAACAUUAACCACUCUUCCAGCUCUGUUGCCUAGGGGUUGACAACAUUAACCACUCUUCCAGCUCUGUUGCCUAGGGGUUGACAACAUUAACCACUCUUCCAGCUCUGUUGCCUAGGGGUUGACAACAUUAACCACUCUUCCAGCUCUGUUGCCUAGGGGUUGACAACAUUAACCACUCUUCCAGCUCUGUUGCCUAGGGGUUGACAACAUUAACCACUCUUCCAGCUCUGUUGUCUAGGGGUUGACAACAUUAACCAUACUCUUUUUCACCAAGAGUCACGCCAACGCUUGUGAUCAAUAUUACUACUGCAACAACGCUUCAUAAAAUCCUGCAGUUCUUUUUAAUACACACUGAACUGUGCUAAACAACACAAAGUCAACUACAACAUCAUGAAAAUUUGUAUAACACAAUUCCUGGAUUUCACACAUAAACACUGCUCAACUCCAUUACUUAAAGCAGGGGUCUCAAACUCUGGCCCGUAAGACGAUAUAUUGCGGCCCGCUACAUGACAGCAAAGUUUAGUCUUAAUGCGGCCCGCGCGUUUUCCCCAUUGUCAUAUCUAUAAUGUGACCCUCCGCGACGGUUUCAGUGGAAUCUCACCCACUACACAAAAUUCUGAUUUUUAUUAUGUUUGUAUAGAUUUGCAUGUUUAUUAUAAUGGUAAAAAAUCGUUUUAAAAUCGGACUAAACAUUUUUAUUUUAUAGCAUUUUAUGAGACAAACAUGGACAAUGUUCAGUUUUUAGAAAAGUUUUAAAAAGUCAGGUUGGAGGGUAAUGCACAACCAUAAUUGUGUAAAUCGUAGCAAUCUGACACUGUUUCAAAGAAUCCCUAUUGAAAUUGCCGCUAGUGUUUACGAGUGAGGUAAAUUCCGAGCCAGUCAGUUUGGUCACUUUCAAAAUAGGGUUAGUCAAAAAAGGCCUUUAUACAAUAAAAAAAAUCAUGCAUUCAUUGUCCUUACAAUAGCAUCUUCUUUUGCAUUAAUAAUUCAUAAAUAUUGCCUGCUUCUGCCUACUGUUUGCUCAUGUUUUAGCAUUAAAGCCUUCAUGGAGAAGGAUGGGGUCGUUGUUCGUGUACUAAGUGAUCCUAAAUGGCUCAUGGACUUGGCUUUUCUUGCUGACAUUACACAGGAGCUGAAUGUACUCAACAGAAGUUACAAGACUAGGGGUAGCUUGUCAGUGUUGCCUAUGACAAUGUCAUAUUUAUUGCAACUUUUACAAAACUCUUGCAUGUAUGCAGGUCUUGGGUAGAGAAGUGGGUAAAGAUGAGAAACGAAUGUCUGCCGAGCGGUGUGCAUAUUUGUCAUGUGUGGCUAUUGCUAACCGGAUGUACCAGGUGUGGCUGGCCCAGCAGCCUGUCCUACUGUUUGUUUAUAUUAUGCAGUACCUACCUGACCUGGGCACCUGGUAAGUCAAACUAGGAUAUUGUCUUUAUAACAGUGCUUCUCAAAUUGUGAACUGGCACCAGUCUGUGAGGCCUCAAUUGAUUUUCUUUUAGUUGUAAAAUAAUAUUAAUAAAUAGAACUAAAAGUGGGGAACAUGUCUGCAUAAAUCCUUGGGGAUCACUGAAAUGUUUGAGUAGCAGGGACAUAUAAACUUACAAUGAACACUAUAAAAAGAGGAGGAGACCUGGACGGGAUAGGUUUAAUAUUUACCCAGCAUAAAAAAAGGGUAUUUAUAAAAUGGAAAUUGGGGAAUAUACAAUAUCUGUCUUUACUUUACGCUCCCAACAAUAAAAAUGCAUUUCAGAUAUUAACUAUUUGAUGUAUGUUUGGGCACCGAGGCCAAAAAUUCUUGUUCUUAAAAAUAUAUUAUGUAAUCAGAACCUGAGUAUUUCUUCGAUCUACAUACAAUACCACUAAGUUUAGACACGUUUUGAAGAUUAUGUCUGCCACAUUAUCCUUGAAAUCCUUUCUAUAAACAAAGCAACCCCAAAUUCGCUUAAUUUAUGCUUUUCCAAAUGCUAACAAUGAAACAAGCCUGAAGAUAUAUCAGGAAAUCAUCUUAGCUGUGAAGCACUGUCUGAAUAGUAAAUCAUAUGUUAAUCCUUUUAAGCUGUACAGGAACUUGUACAAAUUGGAUCAUCUGCAGCUGUUUCCCUUUAUAUAGGAAGAUUUAAUAUAUUUCUAUAAAUAUAAAUGUAUUUAACUUUAACCACAGCAUGGCUGCUCCAUAAUUGGUGUACCUUUUGAUUAUUUCACUUUUUAAAAUUUCACAAAUUUAAUUUUUUUUUUAAAUUUUAAUUUCCAUUGAUUGCACCUCUUCAGGUUUCUUCUCAAGAUGGGUCUAAAGAGAAUUGCAAAGAUGAGAGAAGGAAAGUGAAUUGGAAUGAUUCUUUAUUCAGUACUAUCUAAUAUGGUGGAAUGUGCUUUAUAUCAUGCUUGGUGUUAUCCAGUCUAAUUUGUACACACACUAAAAAUGUGACAGUUAAAAGACAUCACUAAAUUUAACCCCUAAAAGCUCUUUUUUUUUUUUUUUGUGCCAGCUCACCGAUUUAUCAGGCCCAUUACCCCAAUACAAAAAUUAUUAAUCUCAUGAGACAUUCCUCACAAUAAAACAUUUUGUUUUUGUGCUCAGAUCAUCUAGAUCUAAUUCAAUUCAGCCUUAGAUGUUAAAUUUUUAACAGCUUGUAAACUUCUAGACUGUGGAAUCCUUAAGCUACACUGUAAACUUCUGGACACUGGAAUCCAUAUGUUGUAAACUUCUAGACAGUAAAACAGGUAGGGCUACAAUUACACUGGCUCUGAAUUUCACAGACAUCUAAGACUGACAUAAGAGACCAACAUCCAAGACUGACAUACGAGACUGAUCUUUCGGUAGAGAAAUUCGUUGGACAUUGUGCUCACAACCGAUAGCAUCCAAAAAUUUGUUUAUCCUCAAAAUGGCCUUGACCUUUUUUUUCUUCUGAUUUAUGGUUGAAAACUAAACUAAUUAACUUUGUAAUGACUACCAUUUCGUAUUCCUAAAAAUUACCAUUACGGUAAAAAAUGUAGUUGUAAAAACAUUGUUGAAAGAUUGUACUGUGAAAUUCUGGAAUUAACAAUUGAAAGGAAUGCCCCACUAUUUUAUUCCUACCAUAUUUGGAGGGGCAGGCCUAAGCCUAAACUAAAAUUUAGAAAGUCUAAGAAAGUGUCUGGUUACAUAAAUAGGAAGCCCUUGAGACUAAGCAACAAACAGGAUCAUGAGGUGUUGGGUAUAAUAUUAAUUGCUAUUAAUGUCACUUGUGACUUGGGUAUUUUAUUAUAUUAUAAAUUAUAGCAUGCUGAAACUGUGGUUUCUGUUUAUUAUAUUUAUAUAUUUGUGUGUUGUACAAGUCCAUGCAUAAUGAUUUAAUUUGUUGCUGCAUCCAAAGAAUGUGCAGAAAAAUCUAUUUAUUUGGUUCAUUGUAUUUUUUUAAACAGAAGUUUUCCAAGUGUGUGGAAAUGUUUUAUUAACCUUUAGUCUUACUGUCUUUUUCAAGGCUGAUAAUCAUAUUAGGAUUUCAUCUUUUUUCAAAAUUUUAAAUAAAAGAUUUGUUUAAAAUGAUUUUCUGAAAUAUAUAAUCCACCACAACCCCCUUGAACAGUCCCAGCGCACCCCCCACUCCCACUAAAUCUACUGAGCAUUUUACCACCCACAUGGGACAUCCCACUCUGAGAAUCACUGGUCUAGAUCUUACAAUCUACUGUAAAUACUGUAAUUAAACAUGUAUAAGAUUUAGUUUUAUCAAAAUCUGACUAGUCACCACAAGGAAAUUUCCCUACGCCAACUUGAGCAUAGCACCUUUGACUUUUAAUACUAAGUUCUGGUUUGAGUGGUUUGGGGUAAAAAUUUUGAUCAUUUUUCUUCUCAAAGCCAAAGAGUAUUAAUUAUUAAGUUAAAUAUUCAUAUUUUAACAACUUUUGAGUAAUUUCAGCUUUAAUAUAUUGAAUUUUAUAAAUAAAAUCUUAAAUAUAAGCUACUUAUGCUUUGUGUUUUUCAUAAAGUGAUCCCUUUCUAACAUUGAACAUGACAUAGUUUUAACACACUGUAGUCAGUAUUUUGUCUUUCCGUGCUGGUGACGAAAGUUAUUUCCACCGGGCAGAACCACCCCCCCCCCCACCCCCCUCAUUACUGGGGAAAAAAAUUGAGCUGUCGUCUGAUUUUUUCCGUUUAAAAAAAAAGGUGGGGGAUGUGGGUGGGAGGGGGUUGCUGGUGACGAAAGUUAUUUCCCCCGGGCAGAACCACCCCCCCCCCCACCCCCCUCAUUACUGGGGAAAAAAAUUGAGCUGUCGUCUGAUUUUUUCCGUUUAAAAAAAAAGGUGGGGGAUGUGGGUGGGAGGGGGGCGCAGUAUUAGUAGUGAUACCAAACUGUCGUAUUACGUUCGCUGAGGUAAACAGCUGCUUUGCGAGUUCUACACAUAUUUUUUUUUUAAAUGCCGCUGACAAGCUCUUAUAAAAUAUGUCCACAUCCAACGUUCCAGUGCAGAACAGUGGCAUCAUGUAUUUUAUUGUAAAAAAACCAUUUCGUCUCUAGUUUUCUCCGUGUGCACAAUCGCCACAGUUCAAGGGAACAAAACUACGUCACACGCUUGGUAGCAGUCAAAGUCAAAGGGGAUGGCAGUGACUAGUAUAAAUAUUACCUGUGACGCAGCUAACUAGGUCAGUGUGGCACACAAAGCAACAGUAGGACAAUCAUCGCCAGCAAUUACCAUACUUUGCGGUGAUAUUUUUAUAACCUUUGACACUCCGACCAACCCCACACCCAUGCGUCCCGUAUGCCGAAGCUCUCCUUCAUUAACAACCCCCACCUCCCCUCUCAGUGCGCACAUAAUAUAAUGAAGGAUGGUUACAACUUUUAAAAAAAUUACAACCAAUCGUUCCAUUCACCAGUAGAUUAUUAUUGGAAAAGGAUAAAACUUCAACAAACGAAUUUUAAUCGGAAUUUUUUUUUUCCACCGGCUCUCUGAAAAUCGUAGUUUUGGCGGGUCUCGGCGUACAAUCGUAAAAGACAUCUCAAAAUCGUACAUUGUACGCCAAAAUCGUAAGAGUAAACAGGUCUGCUUAAUAUACACUGGACUCUCAGAAGUAGGUGGUUUUUCAGGUCCCACGCUAAAUUUGUGUACAGUAUCCAGAAACUUGUUUGAAAGAAAUUUCUUCGAUGGAAAAUUUAUCAAUGGAAGUUUGGUCAAACGGAAAUUUGAUCGAAUUUUAUUUUCAGUUCACACUAUCAAAUUUUGCAUCAAAUUUGAAAUCUUUCAAAUUUCCAGUAACUCUAAAUUUGUGCUGUAUCCUAAUCCACGUUAAUAGUAAUUAUGAAGGGGGGGGGGGAAAGCAUACAUUUUUUUUUUCAUCCUGCAUUGUAACUGCACUUUAUCCAGAUAAUAUUGAGAGUACAGUGCAUUAGUUAAUAAUUAUUAGAAAACAAAUGCGUUGAUAGUUCUAUCAGAUAUUAACCUCAAAAUUAACAUUUUUUAAUUAAUAUCUCUAUACAGAAGUGACCAAUAUUUUAAAUAAAUUAUGAAUAUUUAGAUGAGCAAUGUGUUCCUAAAUUUGGUUUGAUUCUGUUUGUUGGGCUGACUAAACAGUUAUUUUAUUUAUAUUAAUCACAGAACCAAUGGUCAUUGAGAGUCAGCUCAGAAAAAGUCUUAUAUACCGUUUCUUAAAAACUUUCACUAUUUAUUUUUUUUUAAAAUAGUCAUAAUCAUAAUAUUAUGUAGAUUUUUGUAUAUAAUUAAUAUUAAUAUUUUUAUUUCACCUAGUCAUUUCAAAUAUGAAAAUGUACUGAUAGAAAUUUUGUUGAAUUUUAUAAAAUUAUGUUAAUUAUUCAAUGAGAUUGCCUUGAAUUGUUUUGUGCAGAUUUAUAAAUUUUACAAAAUACCACAUGAGCAUACCCUAAUUAUAUGUGUAAUUUAAACAAAUAAAUUCAUUAAUCCAUGUUUUCUUGAUGGAUCAAGCUUACGGCUCACUUUUAUUAUUAAGCAUUUUUUUCAUACAUGACAAAAAUUCAAACAUUUCAACAAAAAAAUUUAAUUAAAAAAAAAUAUAUAUAUAUAUAAUAUAUAUAUAUUUUUUUUUUUUUUGGAAAUGACUUAUUUUAAAGCAAAACCUUUCAAGAGAAGUCCUAUUCUCUGUUUGCCUAUAUCAAUAUUUUGUACACUGACAAGAACAUGAUCCCCUACACCGACUGGUCCAUGACAUCCCAUUUUACUGGUGUGGACAAGUCCAUUUAUACCCACACCAAUAUCCACAAAAGCUCCAAAAUGGGUAACAUUAGUUACUCGCCCUGUCAAUUCUACACCUGGAUGCAAAUCAUUCACUGACUGGAUCUCUUGUUUAAACAGGGGCUUUUGAAAACCUAGGAGAAAAUGAAUAAUUCUUUGCUCAGAAUACUUAGAAUAUUUUUUAUAUAACUAAGAGGGGAACAUUCAGGAAAAUGAUGGUUUGAAAUUUUUAAUUGAAAAGAUAUUGAAGUCAUCAGCAUACGUAGAAGAGUGAGGCACACCUCAAUAACUAAAGACAGUUCAUAACAAUCAUACUGUAUAUCAUUUAAGGCGAUGAUAACCUACUUUCUCGUAAGUCAUAUGACAGAGGCUGCUGUAAGGCAUCAGCUAUAAGUCUGACAGUGGCGAAACCUGCUGAAUUCUUGUCACAGAAAUCUUUCAGACCUAAAAAAAAAAAAAAGUACCGGUAAUCAUUUCAUCAUUCUUCCAAGUGGUCUGAUUUUAUUUUUCCAUAGCAUCUUAUCAACAAUUGAGUGAUAAUGUAUGUUCUUGAAUUGUUUAAUGUCACAUUGUAGUUUGUUACGUACAAUAAUCUGUUGCUCUUUCCUUAACCUUGGUCAUGAAUUCUUUACUGCCAAUAUCACAGAGAUUCACAUUGAGAUGUCUUGCUAAUCUACAAUACAAAAUAAAAGUUUCAAAUAAUAGACAUUAAAAUUCCCCUAAUGGCACCAAGAAAAGCUGUUAAAUCAUAAUGAUUAAAUUCACAUUGAGGUGACUUAAUGAAUUACCAAUCGAUGAUGCAAAAAAGAAGUUUCACAUAGCUACUCAAACAAAUUAGUGACUAGAAAAAUUCAGAUAACUGCUUGAUCUUUGCAUGACUUAAAAAUUAUAUAAUUUCUAUAUUAAAAUUAAAGUAAAAAAAAUACAAAACAACUUUAUAAUCUAUUGCAGAAACAACUCUUAACAAGAACCAUAACAGUUGGCAACACAAACAUAGGACAUACAAGGU